AUGCGUGCAUGGCGCCUGGCCGCGGCGCUGCUGCUGGCGGCUGGGCCCUGCCCCGCCCCUGCCCCCGCCCCCUCGCCAGAGGUCCCGAGGCCCUGCACCGCCAACGGAUUGUGCCUCUGCCACGCGGACCAUCUCGCGUGCGAUGCAGUGCCCUUCUAUAGGUUUCCAGAUACAGAGUCGAGCGUGCGCCACGUGUCGGUGUCGCGGGCCCACUUGGGCGCGUUGGCCGGCGCGGCGCUCGAUGGCCGUCGCCUGCGCACGCUGGUGCUGGUCGCCUCGAAGCUGCACCAACUCGAUCCAGCCGCACUCUCGUCCAUGACGUCCACGCUGGCCUCGUUGGAUUUAAGUUAUAAUGAAUUUUCACACGUCCCUAUAGAGGCGAUAAGAGAUCUCAAAGUUUUGAACUGGCUCAAUCUGCAAAACAACUUCAUUGUGGACUUAGACCCGAAAAUGGACUGGGGUUUCUUGGGGGAUUCCCUAAGCAGUUUGUCACUAAGCAAUAAUCAAUUAACCUUCCUUCAAGAGGGCGCCCUAACGUCGUUACGCCAGUUGGCACAACUGGAGUUGGAUGGUAAUAGACUCCGAGAACUGGAUGCGCACGCGUUGCCAUCUUCCUUGGCUCUGCUCCGAUUAUCCGACAAUCUACUAAGCCGGGUGCCGUGCGCCGCAUUGGCUCCCCUGACGCGUCUACGGCAUCUUCACCUCCGCAACAAUGCAUUAGCUGUUUCCUUUGCCGGUAAUCGGUCGUGCCGUGCCGAACGCUAUCGCAUCGAUUCCCUUGAUCUCAGUUAUAAUGAUCUCACGGAUAGCUUCGAGUUCGAUUUUGCGCAAGGACUGCAACUGAAGCAGCUGGCAUUAGACCUUAAUGACUUUACAGCAAUACCUCCUUUUGUACUGGAUUGUGGAAGAAUAGAGAAGCUUUCAAUUUCUUACAAUGACUUAACACACUUGUCGGACACUGCUAUUUUGACACUUAAACGUGAUUUAGAGCGUUUAGACGUGGACAACAAUGAGAUUACAUUUCUCCCCCAGAGUAUGCAAGAGCUUACUAGACUGCGGCAUUUGUCCGUUGCUUACAAUCGAUUACGAGACGUAGAGUGGCUCCCACCACGAGUCCGUUCAUUGUCUCUGGCUGGCAACUACCUCGAGGGUUUACCGGCUGCCCUCCUGACAAUAGAUCCUGGAACUCUUCGUUACCUUGAUGUGGGCUACAAUCGAAUAACGCUCAAUUCCAACGAACUGCGUGCGCUUCCACGUGAUUGUUUCAAGAAUACCCUCUUAGAAUAUCUCGAUCUGAGUGACAAUAAGCUUACACUGUUCCCAAGUAGUGCAUUGACACAAGUAGGAUUCACCUUGAGGCGACUGGAGUUAGCACGUAAUCAACUUGAAUAUCUAGAUUCCGCGAUGUUUCACGCCAUCGCCUUCAUGCACGAGCUGAAUCUAGCACACCAUCUUCGACACCUGGAAGCGGUGGAGCCGCGUGCCUUUCGCCCUCUAGUCUCGCUGCGAUCUCUCUCGCUAGAGUCUCCGAUGGGCAGCGGGCAUGGUGACGCAUCACUAGCUGAUAUAUCAUCAGCUUUACCUGGUCUGGAGUCGCUCACUAUAGUUGUGCGCAAAGUGGCCUUGGAUUCCCAGCUAAUAGGUCUCCAUGCACCCAAGCUGCGGGUAUUAGAGUUACGUGGCACAGCGUUGAAGCGCGUGUCACCAUAUGCGUUUGAGGCCCUGAGCGGACAGCGCGCAUUAACACUGCGGCUGAGUGGCACCAGCGUGAGCGUUUUACCAGCUGGGUUGGCCCGGCCACUAGCUCGGGUGCCACAUCUCGGGCUGGACCUGAGUGACAAUCAGCUAGUCAAUUUUGGCCCUUCCACCUUGUACCCAAAUCUCACCGGUUGGAAUCGACUGGCGACAAAGCUUCUUCCGGGCGGGCUUGUGCUGGUGGGGAAUCCGCUGCGGUGCGGCUGUUCGGCUUCUUGGGUGGGAGCGUGGCUGCGGCGUUGGACGGCUGAGGUGGGGGGCGGGGCGAGGGGCGCCCGGGAGGCGGCGCGGCGCAGCCACUGCCAGCGGCCGGGCGCUGCGCCGCGAGCGCUGCUGGCGCUGGACGCCGACGAGGCCGAGUGCCACGCCAGCGCACUCUCCAGCAGCGCAGCGCUCUCGACAGCGCCGCAGCGUUUCUCACCACUGCUACUUUUGAUAGUGCCCAUACAGCUUGCAUCCUCUGCCGUAUUCAGC